CGGAAGUGACGCAACAACAGGAACUUCCGCCAUUGGAUCUCCGACGGAAGUGUGUGAGGCUGUGAGGAGUGGGGAUUAUGUAGUUUUCGCGGUUUUAGUUGGGGAAACUCUAGGGUGGGGUUGGGUUCGCAACCUCCGGGUUCGAGUACACAGACAGAAUCUGAAUUUCAAAAAAUACGACCCUGCCCCCGCGGAAGAGAUCCCAGUUGGAUUCCGACCUACGGAAGCCCAGAAGGACCAGGUUUACCAGUGCCGCCAAAUGCGUGCCAGGCGAGGAUGCGCGGCUAAGUGGCGCUGCCUGUUUCCCUCGGCUCUUUACUGACCCAGCCUCCUCUGACUCCCCUGAGCCCAGAGCAUCUUAGCACCCCGGCUUCUUCCCUGCUUUUCCUCUUCAGGAGUCGUCCAGCUAGACUUGAAAGGGCCGAAGGCAGCCCCGGGAGGAGGAAAGGCCAGCCGCCAGGUCCCAGUGCCCGCUGCCCAGCCUCGAUCCUCGCCCCUGCCUUGGAUGGGCUUGGGCAAGACAUAAACCUCUCUGGGCCUGUAUCCUCUUCGGCACCACGGGAGAUAACCCGCCUAUACCUUGGAUCUGUUGUGGGGCUUAGUGGGGAGCGCGCGUGUGUGGUUCAUGUUAGCACCCUCCCGACUCGUGAGAAAUUGCCUCUGCCAGGAACGUGGGAGCCGAAUUUGUCCUUGGCCGGAGAACUGCCGCUUCCCAUCACGUACAUCAACCAAGAAAGACUGUGUCACGAAUUCACAAGCUUUUUCCAGCAGGAGACCCGUUUAUUACUCUCCUACCCGGCUCUAUGCAUCAUGUGUUGAGAAAUUUUGUGCUUAACUAUUGCAGUAUGAUUACUGAGCACCUGCUAUUUGCUGGGAACUGUUAGACAUUAUGCUUGGCAAUAGAUAAAGACGAGUAAGAGAUCACGUUGCCCUUGAGGCACUCCUGGACCGAAGAUGACCACAGAGAACUACUACAGUGUAGUGCAGUGUUUAUAAAUGUACAGAAGCUUUUUUGUUAAUUCAGUCAGCGUUUUCUGAGCAGCCAUAUCCACUAAAGUGCUGGGGACAGAGGGUUAGAAGCCUUGUCAACAGGAAGUGAAUUCUUCCUAUCAAAUACAGUCUUCUGUUGAUUGUCUCCUUGCAAGAAGGUCUCCCGGGUGGUUGAGCAUGGACUCAGUGGCUACGCACAGCUGCCAUCUCCUCCAGCAGCUGCAUGAGCAGCGCAUUCAAGGCCUGCUUUGUGACUGUAUGUUGGUUGUGAAAGGAGUGUGCUUUAAAGCACAUAAGAAUGUUCUAGCAGCGUUCAGUCAGUAUUUUAGGAGCCUCUUUCAGAAUUCUUCAGGCCAAAAAAGUGAUGUUUUUCACUUGGAUAUUAAAAAUGUGAGUGGCAUUGGGCAGAUCCUGGACUUCAUGUACACCUCUCACCUAGAUCUUAACCAGGACAAUAUACAAGUAAUGUUGGACACAGCCCAGUGUUUGCAAGUUCAGAAUGUUCUGAAUCUGUGUCACACAUUUUUAAAAUCAGCCACUGUGGAGCAGCUCCCAGGCGUGGCUUGUGACAGCACAUUCUCCCUGCAGGGUGCUCUGCCUGCAGAAGCACACUGUGCCGGGAGCGAAAACUACCCUCCUCAUUUGCUGCAGGAGUGUCCCGCCGAUGUCCAGCAGAGUCAGGUUCUGGCCGACUCCCACACUUCCCCUCCACUGUCCGUGACUCUCCCUCAUUGUGCCAGCGAGGCAUCCAAACAAGCACCCGACGUGCUAGACGGCCCCUGCCCUGAGUUGCCUUUCAGACAGCCGAGUUACUACUACAAGCUCAGAAACUUCUACAGCAAGCACUACUACAAACAGGCUGCGGGUCCUGGCCAUGACAGGACGGCUGAGCAGCCCCGCUCUUUCCGCACAGCUGCAGACCUCGGGGCCAGCGACAGCCAGCCUUGCCCCGGCAGUCACCCCGAAUGUGUCCUGGAGUCUUCAGAGCACUUGCCUCCCCACUUCUUGGCCCCGCCCUUGAGCGACUCAGCCCCAGACCCCGAGUCGGACAACCCAUGCCAGCCGCCCACCAGACAGCUGAGGCUCAAAAAGGCCAUUCACCUUAAGAAGCUAAAUUUCCUUAAGUCCCAGAAAUCGGCGGAGCGGCCCUCCGAAGCCAAGCCGGACGACAGCUUAAUGAAGAGGGUAGAAUGUGCUGGUGCAAAUACUACAGAGAAAGCCAGCAGCCAUGGUGCUGAAGAAAACGAAGGCGAAGACCUCGUCCAUGCUGAGCAUUUUAACUGCAUUAACGAAACAGAGAGGCCCGAAGAGGCUGCCACGAUGGAGGACCCGGCCCAGAUGCUUCCGUCACAGAGACAGUACACGUGUGAAUUGUGUGGGAAACCUUUUAAACACCCAAGCAAUUUGGAGCUUCACAAACGGUCACAUACAGGUGAGAAACCUUUUGAAUGUAACAUUUGUGGGAAACAUUUCUCUCAGGCAGGUAACUUGCAGACUCACUUACGUCGGCAUUCUGGUGAAAAACCAUACAUCUGCGAGAUCUGUGGAAAGAGGUUUGCAGCGUCUGGUGAUGUCCAGCGUCACAUCAUUAUCCACUCGGGAGAGAAGCCACACUUGUGUGACAUCUGUGGGCGAGGGUUCAGUAACUUCAGUAACUUGAAGGAGCACAAGAAGACGCACACGGCCGAUAAAGUCUUCACCUGUGAUGAGUGCGGCAAGUCCUUCAACAUGCAGAGGAAGCUGGUAAAGCACCGGAUUCGGCACACAGGGGAGCGGCCCUACAGCUGUCCCGCCUGCGGCAAGUGUUUCGGGGGCUCUGGUGACCUGCGCCGGCAUGUGCGUACGCACACUGGGGAGAAGCCGUAUGUGUGUGACAUCUGCGGCAAGUGCUUCACGCGCUCCGCAGUGCUCCGGCGGCACAAAAAGAUGCACUGCCGGCCCGACGGGGCCCAGGACACGCUCGACGGGCUCGCUCACGCCGUCGAGGCCUCCGACCUGGACAGAUCGCAGAGCUCGGACUCCUUUUCCCAGGACGUGUCUGUGACUCUGAUGCCCGCGGCAGUCAAGCUAUCCGGGCACCCAGCAGAGGAUUCAGUGACAGAGUUUGACGGCCACACCGCCAGCUCCUUCUGCAAGUUCCGGCCCACGGGGCAGCCACCCGGAGUGGGAGAGCCGGAGAAGCUGGGGCUGGACCCUGGCCAGCUCACCAAGCCUCUGCGGCAGCCCACACAGCCUCCGGCCUAUGCCUACCCAGAUGUGGCCGCUGCGGCCAGCGAGCCUUCACUGCAGCCCGACGGCCUGUCCCUGGGCCGCUCGUCCCUGGCCACACUGGACAACCACUGUGGUGAUGCGCUGGGCAGCCGCGGGGCCACCACACCGUACAGGAACUCCGAGGGGCAGUUCUUCUCCAGCAUGACGCUCUGGGGGCUGGCCAUGAAGACGCUGCAGAAUGAAAACGAGCUAGACCAGUGACAUCUGGAGGCAGCAUUCCCAGCCUCGGAGCUUUUUCUGAGCCCAGUGGACCGGUGUCCGUGCUUCGGUAGAGAGCAUUGUCCCCGUGGUGGCCCUUUCUCACCAGCCCGAGAAUAGUUGGACCAUUUCGUGCUGAUGGUGACUGACGACUGGAAGCUUCUGGAGCCCACAACUGGGGAAGAAGGCCCAGCGGCUCCCCGUGCACGCAGAUGCAGGAGUGGAGGAACAGACAGCCUGGGAAACCAUCCCGCUGACCUUCACCGGUGCGAAGGGGUCAACUACUGUACGUCUCAGUCACAUUAAAGGGGAAAAUCUAUAUAUGGACACACAAAUAUGUUUGCAUUUUUACAUGAUUGAAAUUUGUACUGUUUUGUAUUUUUAUUUACACAGAAAGUUUAUUUGUAUAUGAAACCCAUGCUAUAAUUUAAUUUGAAUAAGUGAAACUUGACUUUCUA